AUGAUCCAUAUUAUUUUUGUUUGGAUUACGAAAGUCGCACCUCAUUUCGUGUCUUAUUAUCCACUGGAAGGAAGUAUUUCGUCUCCGGAAAAGUCGGCAUUGAAUUUUUCGUGCCAUGCAUUCGCAAUUCCACCUGUAAACAUUAGUUGGAUAUUCAAGAAUAAGUUCAAACAAUCGAAAAAUGUUCACAACAGUGACGAUUUGUAUUUAACAUCGAUUCAACCCUCCGAUAGUGGUUUAUACGAAUGCAUCGCUUCAAAUAUGUACCACGCAUCGAUCAGUCGUGCCUUCUAUGUUACUGUUCAGUAUGCCCCUCAUGUAUUAAUAUUGAAUGAGAAAAUAAGAAUUUUACCGCAUGAAACAGUGAUAGUUCAAUGUCGAGUAUGUUCGAUACCUCAAGUGCACGAUGUCUAUUGGCGAAGAGAUGAUCAAGCGAUUGUCGAUAUUAAUAUCGAUGUCAAAAGUCGAACUAUUGAUGAUCAAUGUUCCGAAUCGCUGAUGACUAUUAUGGAUAUAAAUGAGCAUCAAUUUGGACAGUACGAAUGCCAUGCUGAAAAUCUCUUAGGAUCGAAAUCUGCUCAUGUUGACAUUCAACAGAUGCCACGAGUUCGACGAGUGAAACAGAAAGUUUCUUCAGAUGAGAUCAAUCGAAAUGGCCGUACAGCAUUAUUAACGAACAAAUCAGCGAAAAGGCAGAAAAACCAAACGAGUACAAUAGGAUCCAACGGCAUUCUCCUAUCGCACUCAGAAAAACAGCGAUUUACUUGCCCAUGCUGGUGGUUAUUGAGUUUAUUCGUCUAUUGGAUUCAAUCAGUAUAA